AUGGACGUGGUUCACGCUUCGACGCCGCUGACGCUGACCUUUGACGACGGGCGCGUCUGCACCAUGCCCAUCUUUGAUUACACUCAAUGCGGCUUUUGCAUCGAAGCCCGGUACAUCGUCGACGGCGACCACCUCAUGGAGCUCGAGACCGACGACGUUAGUUUUGGCGCCAUCGUUCGCCUCGUGCAUCGCACCAAGGGCGGCGAGUGCUACUACCUCCGCGGCUGCGCGCUCCAGCGCAAGCUCCGAUGGUCAACGCAGCCGUCGGCAAAGGCUGCGUUUCGCCUCGUCUCGCUCGAGUGCCGACGCGGCCAGCUUCACCAAGACGAGCCCUUUGCGCUCGGAAGCGUCUUUUGGCCGCGCUGGUACAUUGGCUUUGCACGGACGCCAACCUUGCGCGGUCGCGGCACCCUCGUUUUGCGACGUACAGCAAGCAGUGCCAUCCAGCUACGCGCGAUGCACCAUCGCGACAAACCAUCUGCGUAUCGCCUUCGGGCACCGUUGCGGAUCGCGGCCAAGUCGUCGCUCGCCGUCACCGAGUGCGACGCCGACGACGACGACGACGACGAUUUGUUUGCGUCGUUUCAAAUCGCGGGGUCAGCGCCAGUCGACCAUGUCGGUGUCGCGUCUUAA